AUGAAAGCCGCAAAAAAUAGUUCUCAUAUCAAGAAAUCUUUACAAUCAAGAAGCACUACAAAGAAAUUAGAGAGAUCCACUACAUCAUAAUCAGAUAUCAAAGUUUCAAUGAUAGAUUUAAACAAAAAUAGGUUAACAACUCCAACUAAGAGAGCAAUUAUUGUAGAUAUUCAGUAAUAGAAUAGCUCUGGCAUUCUAAACUUGAAGCAAAGUACCACACCUAAAACAUUGUUAUAGGCAAGUGAUUAAUAAAUCAAUAACCCAUUUAUGGAAACAAGUGGUUCUUUUUCUCAAUCAAGGAAUAGUUUUGUGUACUAAGGUAGAAGUUUAACGCCAAGCAAUACCAAAGUAGAUGAUAAUGGUAAAAAGAUAAAGCCAAAGGAAUAUACUCUCUCAAUAAGUCCAGUGAAAAAGAAAAUUGACUAAGAGAGCAAGAAGCGAGCAUCAAUAAUGAAAAUAAACAUUCUUGAUAAUUUAGCUAGAAAAUAUCAGCAAAUUUACGGAGUAACUCAGGAGGAGGAUUAUAAGUCAAAGACUCCAAGGACUUAUAGAAGAAAUCAAUCGUAAAUAGGAAUAUUUGAUGAUGUGUCUAAAUCACGUAUUGAUGAUUAAUCUCAUAGAGAUAGGUAAAUCAUUUAAGUCAUUCAUCAAAAUUGUAGAUCAAAGAGUCCUUCUUGCGUUUUUCUUAAUGCAAAUGAGGAGAGUCCUUUUAAAAACACUAGCAGAAUUAAUACAUUUGAUUAUAAGAUAAAAGUAGCAGUAGCUAAAAAGCACUCAAAAUCUCCAUUCAGCAGAGUGACAUUCCCUAAUGAUGACAAAGGGCACUAAAAACUAGAAAGCUAUAAAAAUUCUGCUAGAAACUAUCAUAUAUCACCUAACUUCAAAAGUUUUGUAAACUUAAAUCAUGAACAGUAAACUGAAUUGUCUGGAGAGGGUGGAUAUCAUAGAAGGAGUCAGUCGCCAUUCAAACCUGAAGACAAAAUUGGAGUGGUGUUUAGUUAGGAAAAUAGCAAGAACUGGCUUAAAAAUUCUGCCGCUUAAUAAAAUAUGAAAAAUUUGAAUCAGCAUAAAUUGGUUUCAGCAUCGUAUCAAUGA